AGGUGGAUUUACAACUUUGGCAAUUACACGUUUAUUCCUACUAGACUCGCUUUUUCUCAAUUAAUUCAUAUACGUAAACGUUUGAGAUAGUAAAGAAGACAAUUAGCCGCGGCUGUUACUGUUAUUUCGGCUAGCUUACACAAGACUAACGAAAAAUGUCAAAAAAGUCAAAAAAGAGGAAGCGCAAGAAGUGGUCUUCAUCCUCCAGUGAAGAAGAUGAGAAGGCACACAAAGAACGAGAUGUCACCAACAAGUAUAAAAGUUCCAAGAGGAAGCAGGAUGUAAAGAGCCAGGAGAGCUCUGCAACAAAACAUAAAGACUGUGCUUCUCUUACCGUUAAAGAGGAUUCUCAAAGCAGCCGUCAGAUCAAAAAGGCUGUCUACAGACUGCCAAAAACACAAGCAACAGACCAGAAACCUGUUAAUAAGGGAGGGGAAUGCUCAAAAACAAAAUAUGUCUCUGUGCCAUUCCAUGGAGAUAAUUGCUCUAGUAAAGCAAAGCCUGAUAUCUCAGGGAAAAAUAUAAUCGUCAGUGGGAGUAAGACUGUGCAAAGGAGACCAUCAAAAUCCCCGAACAUUUACAAUGCAGGUGCAGUUCCUCAGAGAGAAGAAUGGACCUCUAGAGGUAGCUCAAAUGAAAAGUCUUCCCACAGGAGCCCAUCAAGAUUAAAAAAGCAGCUAAUGAGUCCCAGUUCGGUUUCUACUGAACAAAAGGAACAGAGGCAGAACGUGCUGAAGAAGAAGUGCAAAACUGAGGAACCACCAAGAACUGGAAAUGACAGUGAUACUGUCAAGACCAGGGAACCGAGCAAGACCUCCUCUGUCUCUCUGGAUUUUCAAAGGCAGAAGAGAAAGGAACUGGUCAAGAAAAUGCACCAGAGGCUUCAGGAAAAUGAUUUAAAUGACAAAAGGAGUGUUUAUACAGAAGCAAAAAUGCCUUCUGCCACUACCAGAGAACAGUCUUCCACCUCAGCCAAGUACACUACCUCAGAGAGGAGCUCAAAUGUGUUGAAGAACGUCACUUCAAUCCCAGGGAAUGUCACAUCAGUGUCACAUAAGACAGCUAGUUCAUCAUGUACUCUCGCAUCACCUCCGCGUCUGAGUUUUAAGAUACCAAAAAAGGCUCCGCUUUGGUCAGUUCAUAGCAGUAGUAGUGAUGCUGUUUCAACAAACAGACAUGUCAGACGUGGGACUGAGCUUUCAAAAUCUGGGGCCUCUGUGAACAACUCUAAGCAGGAAACUGUCAAACAGGCUCACAGCUGUUCGGAUGUUACUCCUAUUUUUCCAUGUGAAAGGAAAGAUAAGAGGUCAUCUUGGUCAGGCCAACUCCCAGCUACAUGUAAUACUGACUCUGUGCCGUGGUAUGACCAGAUGCAAGUGGUUGAAGAGCUUCACCUUGCUCGCUCUGAGAAGAGAUUGGAGGUUGAUGUAAUGCAGAGCUAUGGAGAACUCACCUGUAUGGACAUAGAUCCCCCAGAGGAGGGAGCUACUGACACACUAUGCAAACAACCCCUUCAGCAAGGCCUAAUCCUCGUUCUGGACACCAACGUUCUCCUCAGUCACCUGGAUUAUGUGAAAAAAAUGAGAUCUCACGGUCUUGGAGCUCUGGGCUUCCCUGUUGUCCUGAUCCCCUGGGUGGUGCUUCAGGAGCUGGAUUCCCUAAAAAAGGGUAGAGGCCUCACAGGUUCUGUGGCUCACCUGGCCUGUCCCGCCAUCUCAUACAUUUACGAUUCUCUGAAGAGCCGGGACCCAUACCUCUGGGGGCAGUCAAUGCAGCAGGCCGCCCAGAGUAGCAAUGGUCUGAGUACUGAGAAUAAUGAUGACCGAGUGCUGCAGUGCUGCCUGCAAUACCAGACUCUGUACCCAGAGUGUGCACUCAUCCUAUGCACUAAUGAUAAAAACCUAUGCAGUAAGGCCCUCUUGAGUGGGGUGAAGGCCCACAGCAAGAAUGAUCUGGAGGCAGAGGUUGGGAGAUCCGGACAUGGCCCUCACCUUCCGCAAAACAAUCAGAUUCCCAUGCUGCCUCAUAUCAGCCCCCAGGUCUCAUUACCAGUGAUGAGCAGGAGUUUUACACCAGUGCAGCCACACAGUCAAGAGAGAACAGGCCUUUCUGUAGGAGCCAUACAGAACGAUAGAAAGCAGCUCAGUGAAGGAGAUGAAGAGAAGAAAAAAUGGGACUUGAGUAGAAGUGUUUCUCAGCUAGAAGACUGCCUCCAGGAGGUGCUGUCCGAAGUGCUAGAGGUGGAGAUGAAGGCUGCUUACGAAGACCUCUGGCAAGAGAUAGUUUAUCUAAAACCACCCUGGACUCUAAAAGAUGUCCUGCAGUGUUUGAAAAAGCACUGGAUAGCUGUUUUUGGGUUCAUUGUCCCACGGGAGAAGCUGCAAACUGUUUUAAAUCUCAUCAACUUCUUCAACUCAGGUAAAUCAGUGGACUGUAGCGCUAUGUUAGCAGCCCUCCAAGAAGCUAAGGAUCUUGUCAAAGCUUUUGAGAAAAGUUCAAGCCAUGUUCCCAGGGCCCUCUCCGUAAUGGACAACAUUUUCCAUAACCUACAACCUCAGGGGGAAUCUCCUACAUGUGAUGUCGUCAUGAAUGAUGAUGAUGAAGACAAACAACUCACGUCCGCCCAGGUCUCUCACCAGGAAGUGUGGGCCCUGUUUGAGAACAUCUGGUCUAAUGUCUGUCGAAUAAGUUUUGAAGUGUUCAAAGCUCUGGGCUUUGACCCUCACACCAUGCAGAGUGCUCAGCCAGCAGGAGGUCCUCCGCCACCACAGGACGCUGUGGCCUGUUUGCAAAAACUGUCCUCCAUGGUGUCACAGCUGCUCCAAGCCUUCAGCAGUGUCUUGUCCUCAGCUCCUGGUUUAGAGGAGGUGCAGACACUGCUCAGCAUCAUCCAGUCUAAUAAGAUUGUUGAUGUGGAUUCCAGAUUGGCAGCCAAAGAUCUACUUGAUUGUUUCUCACAACAAGACUACAGGGAGAAGCUGAGAGUCGGAGGGACGCAGUUAAUGGGGCUAAAAGAGGCCCUGGACCGUUGUGCUGAGACCACAGGUCAACACAUCACCUUCAACACGUAGCCUUGAUUGGACCAGUGUCCGGACGUUUGCACAUCAACCAAACAGAUGUUUGAAUAAACUUAGAUCCUUUACUUGAAGUAAUAUCUGUAAGUUAAAGGGAUUUUUGCUUUUACCAUACCUCCUGCUACAAGGCUUGUUUACCUUUUUUUUUAUUUUCCGUGUAUAAAAAUGUGUCUUGUUGCAGACAAGUUGUUCUGUUUGACUGAAUGAAUGUCAUUCUAAAAGUUAAUACAUUUGCUUAAUGGUGCUUUUUUUCAGUAUUUUACGGUUUUCAAGUAGUUCAGCUGCAUCAGGUUCCGCUUUCAAUGUUCUGUAAUAUUCAUUGAGCUGUUUUACACUUGGUCUUCAUAUCUCCUAUCAAACAAUCACAGUUGAACAGUAAUUAUAGAUCUUAGUUUUUCUAUCUUUCACAGGUUUUUUUUAGGUUAUUAAGUCUAUAAUGUUUAUGCACAUAAUAUGUUGAAUUAUUGUGUUUAAAUUAGUGAUUAAUUAAAUCACAGCUUUGGUUUUCAUUAUUAUAGUUAUUUAAAAUGUUACAUUUACUUUUGAAACUAAGUGUGCAUACAUAAAAUUUCAAUAUUUAUUUUGUGAUAUUUUUGGACCAUGUGAAUGUGUCUGAAGCUCUCAGACCACUGUGACAACAGCUUUUUUUAAAUGACUACAUUUAAACAUAUUUUAAUGUCUGUUGCACUUUUUUUUUAAAAAAGGAUAAGUUCACUAUUUUUCAACUCAGAGCAUAUUUAAGGUAUCCUGGAGUUUUUGACCACUUGUAGUGCUAUGGAGCAAUGUAUUACUGAUUGGUACGUGUUUUGUUUGUAAACAAGGACACAGGUGUACACACCUGAGAUACACAGUCCUGCUAAUGGUUUUACGCCACUGCACUGAUCAGCAGUUGAUGGCGGUUACAAGCAAAGAAGCGUAGUAAUGAACCAACAACGUAAAGGCAAGCA